CCCGCGCGCGCGGCCAUGGUGCCCAGCAUGGCCUCGCUGCUGGACGGCGCCGCCGAGUACCGGCCCGAGCUCUCGGUGCCGCUGCACCACGCCAUGGCCAUGCCCUGCGACUCCUCGCCGCCCGGCAUGGGCAUGAGCGGCACCUACACCACGCUGACGCCGCUGCAGCCCCUGCCGCCCAUCUCCACGGUGUCGGACAAGUUCCACCACGCGCACCACCACCCGCACCACCACCACCACCACCACCAGCGCCUCGCCGGCAGCGUCAGCGGCAGCUUCACGCUCAUGCGGGACGAGCGCGGGCUGCCCGCCAUGAACAACCUCUACGGGCCCUACAAGGAGAUGCCGGCCAUGGGCCAGAGCCUCUCGCCGCUGCCCAACGGGCUGGGGCCCCUGCACAACGCCCAGCAGAGCCUGCACGGCUACGGGCCGCCCGGCCACGACAAGAUGCUGAGCCCUAACUUCGAGGUGGGCCACGGCGCCAUGCUGGCCCGGGGCGAGCAGCACCUGCCCCGCGGGCUGGGCACCCCCCCCGGCGCCGUCAUGCCGCACCUGAACGGCGGGCCCCACGGCGGGCCGCCCGCGCCGCCCCCGCACGGCCCCGCGCUGCCCGCCGCCCGCGAGCGCCCGCCCGCGCCCCCGGGCCCGCAGGUGAGCGGCGCGGGGCAGCUGGAGGAGAUCAACACCAAGGAGGUGGCACAAAGGAUCACGGCCGAGCUGAAGCGCUACAGCAUCCCCCAGGCCAUCUUCGCCCAGCGGGUGCUGUGCCGUUCUCAGGGGACCCUCUCGGACUUGCUAAGGAACCCGAAGCCUUGGAGUAAGCUGAAAUCCGGCCGGGAGACCUUCCGCAGGAUGUGGAAGUGGCUGCAGGAGCCCGAGUUCCAGCGCAUGUCGGCCCUCCGACUUGCCGCAUGCAAGCGCAAGGAGCAGGAGCCGAGCAAGGAGAGGAGCAGCUCCCAGAAGAAAUCCCGCCUGGUCUUCACCGACCUCCAGCGCAGAACACUCUUUGCCAUCUUCAAGGAGAACAAGCGUCCGUCCAAAGAAAUGCAGAUCACCAUCUCCCAGCAGCUGGGCCUGGAGCUCACCACCGUCAGCAACUUCUUCAUGAACGCGCGGCGCCGCAGCCUGGAGAAGUGGCAGGACGACCUGAGCACGGGCGGCUCCUCGGCGGCCUCCAGCACCUGCACCAAAGCGUGA